UUCCUCCGCAUGAUUGUUUACUGACCCUUGUUUGUUGUUGCUGGGUAUGUACGGUACGACUUGGUGGGAAUCCGAUAUGAUAGUUCCAUUAAAAUAUUAUAAUAAACUAUAAUAAUUAAUGAUGGCCAAAUUUAAAUAAUAUAAUAGAGCAUACCUAUUACUCUAUAACACAUUUUUAAAAACUAAGCAAAUAGUGAAGAUAACAGGAGACAUAAAAGGAAAAUAUGGCAGUUCCAAUUGAUAUUCAGCUACAAAAUGCAAAAACAUCUCUCUUAUUCAUGCAGCAGGAUCAUGCCCACACAUUGCAGGGCUUGCAUCAGGAAAUACAGAAACUUCAGAAAAAAUGUGCUGAGAUGACAUUUGAGCUUGCUAUGAAGGGAGAUGUUAAUGAAGAGGCAUAUCAAGAAGAGAACCAACGAUUGGAUAAGCUUCUACGAGAGAAAACAAUAGAGUGCAAUAACAUGCAAGAUUUACUGGACAAAAAAGAAAAACGCAUCAGUGUUUUAGAAUUACAAUUACGUGCUCAAGAAAAGCGGUACACGGAUGAGAUCAAGCAAAAAAAUUUAAAAAUAUAUACAAUGAAAAACGAGUUGGACAAAAAGACAGGAGUGAUAGCUGUACUUAGUAAUGAGCUACAGCAGGUGAGUUUGAGGUCAUCACAGGAGAAUGGCGACAGUAGCUGCGAUGUUGCGGUAACUCCUGUUCCACCUACAAGUACUAUGCCAACAUCUAGAAGGAAAAUCUCCAUCCGGAAACCCCUAGGUCAUAAUCUUGGUAACGCCAACAGGCCAGGGCCAAUGAAGGCUGUCCAGUUAGGCUGUUACAAUCCAGUUUCAAGAAACGUGAGCCCUCACAGUGGUGCUGGAUAUCAGACCCCUGAGUUAAACAAAGAUUCUCAGAGACCUGGAACUCCAACAAAGCCGGAACCCACCAAUUCUAAAGUAUUUGUAGUUCGGCAGAAAGAGCAUAGUAAUGACGUUAUUGUAAGACAGAAACUACCUGUACUGCCACCUAUUGUCAAUCAAGGAGACUCAUCUAUGAUGGACUCCAGUAAACAGCCUGCAUUGUUGCACCCAGAUAUUUCUGGAUCAGGGUUAAGUAAGAAAGAAACACUGGCUGUUAGCAGUUUAUUUCAUCAGGAUAAUCUCCGUAAAGUUGAACAUUCCAACAGCGAUUGAUUAAUAUCAAUCAUUUUAAAAACCUUUUAUCACCGAAUAUUAAUUAUCAAAACCUUGAGAUUUACAAUAUAAUCAGUGAUUAAUUAAUGCACUGUGCAGUAAAUUUAUCAUGUAUUUGUAACUUUAAAAAUUAUAUAUUUACAAUUUGUAUUUUACUCAAUAUAAAAAAUUAUAAAACUGUAUAUACAGAAAUUUGAACUUUAUAGCCUAUAGGUUUUUAAAUUUAUGUAUUUCACUAAAGAAUACAGUAUUUAUGUUAUGUAAUGUAUGUUUACAUGAAGCAAACGCCACUCAAAACCACCUUACACUGUAUUCAUUGUUUCUGCCUUUAAAUGUGCUGUAAAAUAAGACUAAGUCUUUAUAUUUUAUAACUAAAA